AUGCCGCCGAUCGGCCAUCCUUUACGAGCUCGCGCAAUCGGGCUCUACAAGACGCUCCACCGACUAGGUCGAGACUAUCCCGAUCCAAAGUACGAUUUCCUGGGCAAACUUCGAAGGACGAGCUUUGCAAACGCUCACUUGACGGAUGAGAAGGAGGUGCAAAAGUUUUUGGACAUUGGAGAGUUUGUGAGAAAGGAGACGGAGACGCUUUAUUUUUUGAAGAAAUAUAGGACGUUGAGGAGUAGGUACGUCAAGGAGGAUUAG